CAAGCACAAGACAUAUAGCUUACAAUGAAGUUGUAAGACCUUGGCGCCAUCAGCAGGUCAGUCUUAAGGGAACAAUUUGAGAUCUCUUGCCUUAUUCACUUCCAUAUGUCUUUGCACAAUCAGUGGAAAGCCGCAACCCAAACAAACCUUCAAUACCUCCCACAUGUGGACAGCAACAUCAUCAUUGCAAUUGACCCAGAAUACUCUUAUCAAGUUCACAGCAUUCCGUGCAUACCACCCCAACGCUUUUUAUUCAGAGUAUUUGCACAACAGGGUCACUGUUCCUUUGUUCAUUUGGUUCUUCCUCAGGGGUUCUUUGUUCUACUUCUUGAACACGCUCUGAAACACUUCAGCAGCAUAGUAAUACAGUCAGUCAGAAUACCCUGCUGGACUCAGCACCGUCCAGCACAGUGUCUGGCAUCCUCAAAUGUACAGGUACAGAUUGCUGGCAAAGCAGACACUGCAAAAAUAUUGCUACUAUGUCAUUUUUCACGCGUUCAUGUCUGAGCCGCUCUCUGUGCCGCUUCAGAGUGCUGGUCAGAGCCAGCUUUAUUUUUAACAUGCCACCUAGAAUUGCUCACCCUAGUCCUGCUCAGAGGCUCAAGAUCUACAGUUUCUGUGCCUCACCACAACAACACAGCUGAGAAACAAUAUUGCACCAUGGCAGCUGUCUGAGAAUUAGUGCUGGGACGCGGAAUAGGACAGUAGUGUGCUCAGAAAUGAGAGCUACAUGACACCCACUGCACACGAGCACGCUUCAGCAAGACUCCAGCCAUCAAAGCCAGCUGGGCUGAGCACUCUGGAUGGGUCUCACG